GAAAUAACUUAUAAUACUUAAGGUAAAGGAAGCGCAUCAAGUUUUGCGCUAAAACAGCUUAAUUCGUUAAAAAAUUUCUGUCAAACUAUUUGUUCGGCGUCUUUUUCUGAUUGACAAAAAAAUGAGCGAUAUUCGGUCGUUUAUGCAAAACAUGCAAAAUGGAAGCAAUGGCGCUGCUGCUGGCUCAUCACAGUCAGCACCCGGCAAAGGAUCUAAACAAGCUAUCGAGAAGAUGUAUCAGAAAAAGUCUCAGUUAGAGCACAUUCUAUUGCGUCCAGAUACUUAUAUUGGUUCUGUAGAGCGAGUAACUGAGAAUAUGUGGGUUACUGAGAAAGUUGUGACUGAGGAUAAAACAUCUUACGAAAUGGUUCAACGAGAAGUUUCAUAUGUUCCUGGUCUGUACAAAAUCUUUGAUGAAAUCCUUGUCAAUGCAGCCGAUAAUAAGCAGAGAGAUCCAAAAAUGACAACCAUCAAGAUUGACAUCAAUCAGGAAGAAAAUAAGGUCGAGAUUUACAAUAAUGGUCUGGGAAUUCCAGUAGUUAUGCAUAAAGAGGAAAAGAUGUAUGUACCGACUAUGAUUUUUGGACAUCUUUUGACAUCCUCAAACUAUAAUGAUGAGGAAGAAAAAGUCACUGGUGGUCGUAACGGUUAUGGUGCAAAAUUGUGUAACAUAUUCAGUACAAAGUUCGUUGUUGAGACAGCAUCGAAAGAAUACAAAAAGAGGUUUAAACAAGUAUGGAUGGAAAAUAUGGGAAAGACCUCUGAGCCAAUGAUUGAUACAUUAUCGAAAGAAGAAUAUACAAAAAUUACAUUCUGGCCUGAUUUAAAAAAGUUUAAGAUGGAUAAAUUAGAAGAUGAUAUUGUAGCAUUGAUGCAACGUCGUGCAUUUGAUAUUGCUGCAUCUACGAGAGGCGUUGCUGUCUACCUUAAUGGUCAGAAAUUGGGUGUAAAAAACUUUAAAGAUUAUAUUGAUAUGUACAUUAAGAGAAAAGACGACGAAUCUGGAAAUCCGCUAAAAAUCAAUUAUGAGAACUGUAAUGAACGUUGGGAAGUUGCUAUAACAUUGUCAGAUCGUGGAUUCCAACAAGUAUCAUUCGUUAAUUCCAUUGCAACGACAAAAGGUGGUCGACACGUUGAUUAUGUUUCUGACAUGAUUGUUAAGCAAGUCAUGGAAACGAUUAAGAAAAAAAAUAAGGGUGGAGUUAAUAUCAAACCAUUCCAAGUAAAGAAUCACAUGUGGGUCUUUAUUAACUGCUUAAUCGUCAAUCCAACGUUCGACUCUCAAACUAAAGAAAACAUGACACUUCAAGCUAAAAGUUUUGGAUCAAAAUGCACACUUAGUGACAAGUUUAUUACGUCUAUCAUGAAGUCAGGAAUUGUCGAAAGCGUUCUAACAUGGGCUAAAUUUAAGGCACAAACAGAAUUGGCUAAAACGAGCGGUGCAAAGAAGUCCAAAUUGAGAGGAAUUCCAAAACUAGAAGAUGCAAACGAUGCUGGAACUAAAAACUCGGUUAAUUGUACACUCAUUUUGACUGAGGGAGAUUCGGCUAAAACAUUAGCUGUCAGUGGAUUGGGUGUUGUUGGACGUGAUCUUUAUGGAGUCUUUCCACUUCGUGGUAAGCUGCUAAAUGUCCGUGAUGCUACACACAAACAGAUUCUCGAAAAUGCUGAAAUCAAUAAUUUGAUUAAAAUUCUCGGUUUACAAUACAAGAAAAAAUAUAGUUCACAAGAUGAUGUAAAGACACUUCGCUAUGGCAAAUUGAUGAUUAUGACUGAUCAAGAUCAGGAUGGUUCACAUAUUAAAGGCUUGCUAAUUAACUUUAUUCAUACAAAUUGGCCAGAAUUGCUUCGUCUCAAGUUCAUGGAAGAGUUCAUUACACCAAUUGUUAAAGCCACAAAAAAGAAUCAGGAAUUGUCGUUCUUCUCAAUUCCAGAAUUUGAGGAAUGGAAGCGCGAUACACCAAAUAAUCAUACGUUCAAUGUAAAGUACUACAAAGGUUUGGGAACAUCAACGUCCAAGGAAGCCAAAGAAUACUUCCAAAAUAUGGAUCGUCAUCGAAUUCUAUUUCAGUUUAAGGAUGAAAAUGACGAUGAGGCUAUUCGUAUGGCAUUUUCAAAGUCCUGCGUUCAACAGCGUAAAGAUUGGCUUACAAAACAUAUGGAAGAGUGUAAACAUCGUAAACUUGUUGGACUUCCAGAACGUUAUUUGUACACAAAGACCACAAAAGAUAUUUCUUACUCCGAUUUUGUCAAUCUUGAAUUAAUUCUCUUCUCAAAUACUGAUAAUAUUCGUUCAAUUCCAUGCGUUGUUGAUGGUUUCAAGCCAGGUCAACGUAAAAUCAUAUUUACAUGCUUAAAACGUAACGAUAAGAAGGAAGUUAAGGUCGCACAAUUGGCUGGUUCUGUUGCUGAAAUGAGUGCAUAUCAUCACGGUGAAGUUUCACUUUGCGGUACAAUUAUUAAUUUGGCUCAAAACUAUGUUGGAAGUAAUAACAUUAAUUUGCUUCAACCUAACGGUCAGUUUGGUACACGUUUAUCAGGCGGAAAAGAUUCUGCAAGUCCUCGUUACAUCUUCACAAUGCUUUCACCCUUAGCACGUCUUAUUUUCCAUCCACAUGAUGAUCCAUUGUUGAACUUUUUGGAUGAAGACAAUCAACGAAUUGAGCCUGAAUUUUAUAUGCCAAUUAUUCCUAUGAUUCUCGUUAAUGGCGCCGAAGGUAUUGGAACUGGAUGGUCAACAAAGAUUCCAUGUCAUAAUCCGCGUGAAAUCAUUAAUAAUUUGAGAAACAUGAUGAAAGGAGAGGAACCAAAACCAAUGAUUCCAUGGUAUAAAAACUUUAGGGGUGAUAUUCUUACAGCUGGUGAUGGUCGUUUUGUAACAGUUGGUCGAUGCUCAACAUUAGAUGGAAAUAAAUUGGAAAUUAGUGAAUUACCAAUUGGAACAUGGACACAAAAUUACAAGGAAUCAAUUCUUGAGCCAUUGCUUCAUGGUGGCGAUAAGGUUAAAGCAAUCAUUAGUGACUACAAAGAAUACAAUACAGACACAACUGUUCGUUAUGUAAUUUCAUUCUUGCCUGGCGAAUUUGAUAAGCUUUUGUCAGAACCUGGUGGUUUCCAUAGAGCUUUUAAGCUGACAUCAUCUGUUGCCAUCACAUCGAUGCAUUCAUUUGAUCAUAAUAAUUGCUUACGUCGUUUUGAAAACAGCUCAGUUAUCCUGAAAGAGUUUUAUGCUCUUCGUUUGGAUUACUAUGAGAAACGUAAGAGAUAUUUGGAAGGAAUGUUGCAGGCUGAAGCUGAUAAGCUGUCAAAUCAAGCUCGUUUCAUUAUGAUGAAAUGUUCACGUGAAUUGGUCAUUGAAAAUAAAAAGCGUAAAUUAAUGAUUGAGGAAAUGAUUAAACUUAAUUUCAAACCUGAUCCAGUUAAAGAAUGGAAACGAUCAAUUAAGGCUGAUGAUGCUGAGGAUAUGGGAGACGACGAGGAGGAACAGCCACAAGAAGAGGUCGAUGAAAAACCCGGAAAAUCAAGCAAGUCAAAGCCUGUUGAUCAAGAAAAAGCAUUCCAAAAGUUGAGUGAUGUUAAGAAAUUUGAUUAUUUGUUGGGUAUGUCCAUGUGGAUGUUGACUGAUGAACGAAAGGAAGAAUUGAUCAAGCAGCAAAAGAAUAAGAUUAAUGAGCUCAAUGUAUUGAAGAAAAAGUCACCAAAAGAUUUGUGGGCUGAAGAUUUAGAUGCUUUACAUAAGAAAUUAGAUGAAGUCGAAACAAAGGAACGUGACGAAGAAGAAAAAAUGCUCAAAUCAAUGAGCAAAUCAAAGGCAGCAGCUAAACAGCCAGGUACCAAGCAACGAGCUAUUAAAUCAUACACAAAACCUGAUGAUACAAGACCAAGCAUGCACGGUGAUUCCGUUCGAUUUGAAUUAACUGCUGAAAUGCUCAAGAAAUAUGAAAAGGCUACAGCUGUUUCUAAGGGGAUUAAGAAAGAAAAAACUGUCAAGUCUGAGCCUGGUGAAGAAUUGGAUGAAUUUGAUGCUCUCGUAGCUGGCGAAGGUGAUGGAUCAAUUAAGAAAGAAAAAGUUGAAAAAGUCAAGAAACCACGCGCUAAGAAAGAUCCUGGUGAAGUUAAGCCUAAAAAAGAAAAGAAGGAAAAAGGCGAUGGCAUGAAACAGACCAAAUUGGACUUUAAAAAGAAAGCUAAAAAGAAGUCUGGCAGCGAUGAUAGUGAUAUUGAGGCUCUCGGAAGUGGAAGUGAGGAUGAAUUUGAUGCAUUGGUUAAGGAUACAGCACCAGCACGUGAAAAAACAGCUAGACGUGCAGCUACAAAGAAAAUCGACUACUCGUUCUUAAAGGAUUCAGACGAAGAAAAAUCCAACGACUCCGAGCCUGAAAUGUUUGAUAAUGUAUUAGAAAAGAGCAUUCCAGCACAAGAUUUAAUUGAAGGAUCAGAUUUUGACGAUAAAUCAGAAGAAGAAGAAGAAGAUUCCCCAAUAAAAAAACCACCUGCAAAGCGUAAGCUUGGUCCAAAACCAGCACCAAAGCGAAAAAUCGAAAGCUCCGGAAGUGAAGCGUCUCCAGUGAAAAAGAAGCCAACAAAAAAGCAAAAAAAGAAGAACUUCGAUAGCGAUGAAAGUGAUAACGUCGUGAUUGACGAUUCCGACUCAGAUUUCGAAGGUUAAAGUGAGAUUUAAGGAUAAAACGAUAUAUAUUUAUCUCUCUUAUUUUAAUAUAUUGCUACUUAUCUAACAUAAAUUUUCAGAUAGAAACUGUUUUUCAUGUCUGCAUUCUAUAGAUAUAAUUAAUAAGAUUUCGCACAUUCAUUAAUUGAGUAAUGUUACAUGUUAAGAAUCCAGAAACAUUUUUUUUUGGUAGAACCUCUGAAGAAAAUACAAUAGUUUGUAGUAUUUUAUUAUUAAUGAUACAUUGUGAAG